CCGCGUGGAUUUGCUAAUCGGAUACUGGCGACAGCAGGACGCCAAGAACCUUAAAAGGUCUGGUACAGAAGAGCAAUACGCGGAGAAAGAACAAAUUCUUCAAGACCUCUCGGACUACGUGCGGACAAUAAAUUACGAGCCGAGGAUAACCCCAAGAAGUGGGGGCAUUAUGAAGAGAAAACGGCCCGCAACAGCCGAGUGUUCAGCUUCCGUGUCCCUGACGGAUCCACGGGAAGGUGCUAUGUUGAUGCAGGAAGCGACCGGCUGCAGCAGUAAUCCGAGCGGGGCUGCCGACCGAAGUUGCGAAACUGAAUCAAGGCAUGAACCAGAAUCCCCGGCUGCUCACCUGCUCCUCACUAUGUACGAGCCGGAUUCUCCAGAGACCUCGGCUGCUGGAGCUGCUGCUACUAGUGGCGACCGUUCUGAGCAACAUGUGCACAGACAAGUGCAUAGCCAGCACUCUGCAAAUGUCAGUCCAGAGCAGCAACCCAUCCCCGCCGGGGGAACACAGCCCCAGCCCACAAAUGGAACGGACCAAGGAGGAGAGCGCCAGCCUGCAGCUAGGCGACAAGUUCUUCCCGUCACCACUAGAGGAACCCGAGGGUUACAGAGCAUCGGCCUGCAGCUGUUAACUAUGCGAGAAAAACAUGACUACGAGUUACGCAUAAAAGCGCAUGAAAUUGAGAAACAAAAAAUUGAAAAUGAAGUGCGGCGUCUCGCUCUAGAGGAGCGCAGAUUGGACUUGGAGGAGAAAAAACAUGAGCUUGAAGUGAGACGGUAUGACAGAGAACAUGAGAAACUGCUUGAGAAGGUAGAGAUGAUGUUAAGCGAACAGACUAAAGCGAUUUUUGAUUUCUUGAGCGCAAAUCGCGCAUGACAUGAAUAGCCAGAAAACUGUCCUGGAAAGGUGUUGUACAUCUUGUGCUUCAAUAAAACACAUUUCAGAAAGAUGUGUGAAUGGCAAAACUACCGAGGAGUAAGGUAAGUUUCAAGAUCUGGUGGAUCGAGGCCGAAGUAGUGCGAUACCUGGGCGCCAUACAGACAUGUAUGACAGUUUGCCAAAAGCGCACUAGCUUUAUAGAUACGCGGCACGUUCUGGCGGUACAGCUUUUGAUUUUUCUUAAAGUCAACAAAGGCAAACAGUCCUGCAAUUUUUCCAAAUCCCCACUCCACGGCUUGCCUUACACUGCUCAUAGCUUUGUUGAACGCGCACUGUUCCGGUGUAAUGGACACACCACCAUAUGGCUUCAGCAAAAGAGGUCGCAGUGGAUAGGCGGGGUCUCCAUAAAUGCAGAAGUUACGCCCUUGAACGAGCCUUUCUAGCUUCGAAUAUACGUUGCUAAU